AGUUGAGAGGAAGAGAGAACGUGACCUGGCAGCCAAAGGAUCUGCACUCUGGAGAUACUCUGGGAGAGCUUCAUCCUUGCAGCCCUUCACCGUGGGGUCUUCAGAAAUGCAUAGACUAGGAAUAGACAACCCAUCUGCUGGAACCAGGGCAAAGGCUGCCCUACACGCUACACACAGGGAAUGACUUUUCCCCGGUAUCAUUCACCUGUUUCUCCGACGCGUAGCGCUCAGUGUCUGAUUCACAAUAGGCGCUCAACAAAACAUUAUUGUCCUGAAUUAAAUCCCCCGGGAAGGCGCGCCCUUGGGGACUUCGGUACUUCAGGCCCCGCCCACCACUCCCCUGGGGUUCCCCGCCACCGCGCCGUUGCCAUGGCAGCAGGGGGGGCGCGGCUGACGUGCGGCGGUGUUUCCGGAAAGAUGGCGGCUAUCGAAGCGGCUGCAGAGCCGGUAACGGUGGUGGCGGCUGUUGGGCCAAAGGCGAAAGACGAAGAGGAGGAGGAAGAGGAGCCGCUGCCACCGUGCGAGGCGGUGCGCUGGGCCCCAGUGGGGGCGGUGGCGGAGGCCCGGCCUGGAGCAACCGCGUUUUUGGAAGAGGCGACGGCCGAGGAGCCUGGCGCGGCACCGGGCUCCCCGCCGGAUUCGCCGGGCCGGACGCUGCGGCGGCUGCGGGCAGAGCGGCGGCGGCUGGACUCGGCGCUGCUGGCGCUGUCCUCGCACUUCGCGCAGGUGCAGUUCCGCCUGCGCCAGGUGGUGCGCGGGGCGCCGGCGGAGCAGCAGCGCCUUCUGCGGGAGCUCGAAGACUUCGCCUUCCGCGGCUGCCCUCACGUCCUAGGUUACGAAGGGCCCGGCGACCCCGCCAGCGAUGAGGGCGAUGGGCUGCCAGGGGACCGGCCACGGUUGCGGGGCGACGACCAGAGUGAACAGGAAAAGCAAGAGCGUCUGGAAACCCAAAGGGAGAAGCAGAAAGAACUGAUACUGCAGCUGAAGACCCAGCUAGAUGACCUGGAAACUUUUGCCUAUCAAGAGGGCAGUUACGACUCACUGCCACAGUCCGUGGUGUUGGAAAGACAGCGGGUGAUCAUAGAUGAGUUAAUAAAGAAACUGGACAUGAAUCUGAAUGAGGACAUCAGUUCCCUGUCCACUGAAGAGCUUCGUCAGCGCGUAGAUGCAGCAGUGGCUCAGAUCGUCAACCCAGCCCGAGUCAAAGAACAGUUGGUUGAGCAACUGAAAACUCAGAUCCGAGACCUUGAGAUGUUCAUCAACUUCAUCCAAGAUGAAGUGGGAAGCCCCUUGCAGACAGGUGGUGGACACUGUGAGUGCAAGGCCGGUGGGAAGACAGGAAAUGGCUGCAGCAGAACAGGCAGCAACAGACCGCCUCCAGGAAACAGCAAAACAAAGGCAGAGGAUGUGAAGAAAGUCCAGGAGACGGGGCUGCACCUGAUGCGGCGAGCGCUGGCCAUGCUCCAGAUCUUUGCUGUUAGCCAGUUUGGUUGUGCCACAGGCCAGAUCCCUCCAACCCUGUGGCAGAGGGGCCAGGCUGACAGAGACUAUUCUCCCUUGCUGAAGAGGCUGGAGGUAUCAGUGGACAGAGUGAAGCAGCUAGCCUUGAGGCAGCAGCCACAUGACCAUGUCGUCACCUCUGCCAACCUCCAGGACCUCUCUCUGGGAGGCAAGGAUGAGCUGACUAUGGCUGUGCGGAAGGAGCUAACGGUGGCUGUGAGGGACCUGCUGGCCCAUGGACUGUAUGCCUCCUCCCCAGGGAUGAGCCUUGUUAUGGCUCCUAUUGCUUGUUUGCUGCCAGCCUUCUCCUCGGCCCCAGAGGCCAUGCACCCAUGGGAGCUCUUUGUAAAGUACUACCAUGCUAAGAACGGCCGUGCUUAUGUGGAAUCCCCAGCCCGGAAGCUCUCCCAGUCCUUCGCCCUUCCUGUUACGGGAGGCACUGUUGUCACCCCCAAACAGAGCCUACUGACAGCCAUCCACGUGGUGCUGACAGAGCACGACCCUUUUAAGCGCAGUGCAGACUCGGAAUUGAAGGCCUUGGUGUGCAUGGCACUGAAUGAGCAGCGUCUGGUGUCCUGGGUGAACCUCAUCUGCAAGUCCGGGUCACUCAUCGAGCCUCACUACCAGCCCUGGAGCUACAUGGCACACACAGGCUUUGAAAGUGCCCUCAACCUGCUCAGUCGCCUCAGCAGCCUCAAGUUUAGCCUCCCUGUAGAUCUGGCUGUGCGCCAGCUCAAAAACAUCAAAGAUGCCUUUUGAUGAGAGUGCCCUAACCCCAGACAAUCUCCUUGCUCAGUAGGGAUAGAUGUGUUAGUCUUCUAGCAUAGGAGUAAGGAAUCAGAGGUGGGGUUAAAGGCAUUUUUCCCAGACCCUGCUCAGGCAGUCGGCCAAAUGUGUGCAAAGUCUGUUUUCCCCACCAACUUAGCUCUCAGAAAGAUGUGCCGGAGAGACCCUCUUGUUAAGAAGGUUCUGCCAGGCCGGGCGCGGUGGCUCACGCCUGUAAUCCCAGCACUUGGGGAGGCCGAGGCGGGCGGAUCACAAGGUCAGGAGUUCGAGACCAUCCUGUCUAACACGAUGAAACCCCAUCUCUACUAAAAAUACAAAAAAAUUAGCCGGGCGUGGUGGCAGGCGGCUGUAGUCCCAGCUACUCGGGAGGCUGAGGCAGGAGAAUGGCAUGAACUCAGGAGGCGGAGCUUGCAGUGAGCCAAGAUCACGCCACUGCACUCCAGCCUGGGCGACAGAGUGAGACUCCGUCUCAAAAAAAAAAAAAAGAAAAAAAGAAGGUUGUACCCACAGUAUAUGUGUGGGCACUUGUGCUUGAGCCUGUAUUAAAGGGAUCAGGCCAGGCACAGUGGCUCACGCCUGUAAUCUCAGCACUUUGGGAGGCUGAGGUGGGCGGAUCACCUGAGGUCAGGAGUUCAAGACCAGCCUGGCCAACAUGGCAAAACCCCAUCACUACUAAAAAUACAAAAAUUAGCUAGGUGGGGUAGUGCAUGCCUGUAAUCCCAGCUACUCAGGAGGCUGAGGCUGGAGAAUUGCUUGAGCCCAAGAGGUGGAGGUUGCAGUGAGCCAAGAUCAUGCCACUGCACUCCAGCCUGGGCAACUUAGGGAGACUCCAUCUCAAAAAAAAAAAAAAAAGACAUUCAGCUUGAGGCUCCUGUUAGUUAAGCUAUCUUCUUUCACUUGAAGCAGGUUUGAGAGGCCUAGGCCAGAAUUUAAAUUCCUUUUAUGAAUAGAUUUCCCUUUCUUCCUGACCCCAAGGUCAGAGGAGACUAUAUAUUCCAUGGCUGCCUCUAAGACUAGGAAUAGGAAUAUCUGAAAACAACAUUUCUAAGAGUGGUAACCACAGGUUGAUUUUAAUAUGAGCCCUUUUUCUUGUAGAGGUAAGAAGUAAAAUCUUCCUGACAAGGUAGUCCUCUUUUCACGGCACAGACAAUGGGCUUUCUGUUUAUGAGGAGUGAGAACCGAUGUUAUUAUGUUCUCUAGCAAGUGAACAUUCCUCUACUCACCUCCCAACAAGACUAACACAGUCUUUUUAGAAGUAAAUAUAUUCAAGACAAACGAGAAAAUCCUGGCCACCCAAGUCAAGUAUAUACAGGAAUACAAAUCGGUAACCAGCAGCUGUUCCUCAGGUUGUGACUCACUGAGCACCACUUGUCUUGGAGGCUGGAUGAUGGAGGACAUCUAGUUAUAGGUACUGCAGCAGGGAUAGGUGCCACAGGAGGAUAGGAACUACAGCAGAUCACUGUUUCCAGAACAGGGGGAGGAGUAUCUCAUUGUGAAACAGACUCUAGAGUGGUUCUAUUUGGUCUUCAGGAUUUUAGCCUCAUUAGUUCACAUUUGUCAUGCAGCUUGUGGUGAGUACUGCUCUAGGACUGGCCAAAAAUGGGCAAAAUGUAUCACUCCAAACACUACUGAUUCAGCAUUGUUUUCAUGUCUUAAAAUUGCCACCUGCACUUUGUUUUCUGCACUAUUAUGUAGUGCAUUUUAACUUAAACUUUUUCCAGCAACAUGUUACUUAUUUAAGAUAUAUUAUUGAUAUUUCAUUAUAAUUAGUUCACCUUCCCUGUGAAACAAGAGAAUUGUAAAAUGUUGUGGAAAAUGAUACAUAUGUGGAUGCUAAUGAAAUCAUAGUAUUUUGUGUAGCUUCUCUGAAGACCUUAGAGACGUGCAGCUUUGGUUUAUAAGUGUUUGGGCCUUAUCAGCCCAUCUAAUCCAGAUCAAUAUUUUUUUGAAAGCUGCCUGUAUCCUCAGUCCUCUGUUAUGGAUCAUCUCAGCUUUGGUGGUGGUAGUAGGGGUUUUUUGCCUGAAAAAAUUCACUAAAAAGUCCCCUUGGCAUGACCAUCCCCUCCUGCCCACACCUGUAGUCCCUCCCCACAACAGAUGUCAUCACACAUGCUGCUUUUGGAAUUGCACUUUUUUUUUUUUGAGAUGGAGUCUCGCUCUGUUGUCCAGGCUGGAGUGCAAUGCCAUGAUCUCAGCUCACUGCAACCUCCGCCUCCUGGGUUCAAGCGAUUCUCCUGCCUCAGCCUUCUGAGUAGCUGGGAGUACAGGCGCGCACCACCACGCCCGGCUAAUUUUUGUAUUUUUAAUAGAGACAGGGUUUCACCACAUUUGUCAGGCUAGUCUCGAACUCCAGACCUCAGGUGAUCCACCCACUUCAGCCUCCCGAAGUGCUGGGAUUAUAGGCGUGAGCCACCACACCCGGCCAGGAUUGGCACUUUUAAAUCUGCUUGUCUGGAUAUCACUUUGGGUGGUAACUGGUAUAGCCAUAUGGCAUAGCCCAGCAAUCACCCCAGUAUUGCCUUUUUCAAAUCACAAAAACAAAACUUGUAUUAAGGCUUUGUGCUAGCAUUACAGGAAGCAUUUUCAUUUGUCUCAUUCUAAUUAAAUUCUCACUACUUACAAAGUGGGACAGUAUUAUCCCCACUUUACAGCUGAGGAAACUGAUGUGCAGAGAGGUUAAAUAUUUUGUCCCGGUUUAUAUGAUGAUGGAAGACCUGAGAUUUGGAGUCAAGUUUCCUGAAUCCAAAGCCCACAGUCUAUCUUGUCACUUCAUUGUAUCAUGUUGUUUCUAGAUUUUGGUUUCUCUUUCUCCUUUAUCCACCACCCUCAUUCCUACCCUCACUUUGGGGAGGAGAAGGUAUUUUCCACACAACUGCCAGAAAUUUCAGCUGCCAAAGGACAAGGCUGCAGGGAGAUAGGCCGGCAGCCAUGACUUUCAUGUCCAAGUUCUUGAAACCUAAAUGUGUGUAUCAACAGAGACAACCCAACAAUUCCAUCAGCAUCCCUGCAGUCAGAUAUCUGCUAAGCUCUGAUAUCAUCUGUCAUUACUGAGAACAGAGCUCUGUCCUUGGCUUAGGGUGAGACAGGACAAGGGAGGAGAGGCAGGCCAGUCCACCCAGAUCCAAGGAUACGCAAGAAUGGAAGGGUAAAGAGCCAUGGAUAUGUAUGCAGUGGAAAUGUACGGGUGUUGUACAAGUAUGAUCUGCAAAGUAUUGUUAAAGCUGUCUAAGGUUCUCUCCAAUCAUUCAUUCACUAUUGAUCACUUAGCAACUGCCUGCCUAGACUAGAUGCUAAAGAAAGAGAUAAGUAAACCUACCGCAUGCCCUCAACAAACACACAGUCUAGCAAAGGAGAUACCAUACCAAUUGGAGAUUUGGAGAGACUGUUAAAAUAUAGAUUGCUGGGUCCCAUCCCCAGAGUUUUUUAUUGAGUUGUUUUGGGGUGGGGCCUGAGAAUUUGGUUUCUAACAAGUUCCUAGGUUAUGGUGAUGCUGCUGCUCUGGGAGCCACACUUUGAGAUGAAAACCACUCAUAUCCAAACUAAGAUUAUGUUCUGUAAUAAAGGUAAGUACAGAUUGGAUUGCUGAGAGAGCCCAGAGAAAGGAGAGAUUAAUUCUGCCUGGGAGAAUUCUGGAAUAACCUUGAAGGAUGGAUAGAAUUUGAAUAGGAUUUUGCCUGGCUACUUGGAGAGGAAGAAAAAGACACAAGGUACAGCCCAGGGGGUAUGUCAAGGGUGGAGGAGUCAGGAAUUUAUGCUGCAGGAAAGGUGGUAAGGAAGGAAAGGAGUGAAAGUUCACACUAUUGAAUAAGCCAACAAUGGAUUUCAAGAAAAGUGAAGGACUUUUCAAGAAAAACAGUUGUUUAAAGCUGUUGCUCAAAAUAAGAUCUAUAGAUCAUACGGCUCCACUCCAGACCAGAAUUACUAUCUCUAAGGUUGGAGACACUUCUUUAAUAAGCAUCCUGGGGGCCAGGCGUGGUGGCUCACACCUGUAAUCCCAGCACUUUGGGAGGCCUAGGCGGGCGGAUCACGAGGUCAGCAGAUCAAGACCAUCCUGGCUAACAUGGUGAAACCCUGUCUCUACUAAAAAAUACAAAAAAUUAGCUGGAUGUGGUGGCGGGCACCUGUAGUCCCAGCUACUCGGGAGGCUGAGGCAGGAGAAUGGCGUGAACCCGGGAGGCAGAGCUUGCAGUGAGCCGAGAUCGUGCCACUGCACUCCAGCCUAGGAGCGAGAGGGAGACUCCGUCUCAAAAAAAAAAUAAAUAACAAGCAUCCCGGCUGGGCACGGUGGCUCACGCCUGUAAUCGCAGCACUUUGGGAGGCCAAGGUGGGUGGAUCACCUGGGGUCAGGAGUUCAAGACCAGCCUGGCCAACAUGGUGAAACCCCAUCUCUACUAAAGAUACAAAAUUAGCCGGGCGUGGUGGCAUGGGCCUGUAGUUCCAGUUACUCGGGAGGCUGAGGCAGGAGAACUGCUUGAGCUUAGGAGGCAGAGGUUGCAGUGAGCCAAGAUCAUGCCACUGCACUCCAGCCUGGGCAACAAAGUGAGACUCCAUCUCAAAAAUAAAAUAAAAGACAUAAGACAAAAUUCAGAGGAUGUAGUUACUAAUUCGAAUUGGAGGGUAAGGUGGCUUAGUCCCAGCUACUUGGGAAGCUAAAAUGGGAGGAUCGCUUGAGGCUAGGAGUUUGAAGCUACAUCACACUGGUCAAUAGCCACUGCAUUCAAGCUCGGCAACAUAGCAAGACUUCAUCUCUUUAAAAAAUGAAAUAUCUAAGAAAAAGACAUUUUAAAAACCAUUGGAGGCCAGGUGUGGUGGCUCAUGCCUGUAAUCCCAGCACUUUGGGAGUUUGAGGCAAGCGGAUCACUUGAGGCCAGGAGUUCGAGACCAGCCUGGCCAACAUGGCGAAACCCCAUCUCUACAAAAAAUAUAAAAAUUAGCCGGGUGUGGCGGCGGGAGCCUAUAGUCCCGGCUACUUAGGAGGCUGAGGCAGGAGAAUCGCUUAAACCCGGGAGGUGGAGGUUGCAGUGAGCUGAGAUCGCGCCACUGCACUCCAGCCUGGGUGACAAAGUGAGACUCUGUCUGAAAAAAAAAAAAAAAUUGUAAUGGGGCCGGGCACAAUGCCGCGUCGCCUGUAAUCCCAACACUUUGGGAGGCUCAGGUAGGAGGAUCACUUAAUCUCAGAAGCUUUUGAGACCAGCCUGGGCAAUAUAGUGAGUCCCUAUCUCUACCAAAAAAAAAAAAAAGUUAUUUGUUUUUGUUUUUUUCUUUUAAUUACACGGGCAUGGUGGCACACACCUGAAGUCCUAGCUACUCAGGAGGCUGAGGUGGGAGGAUCACGAGCCCAGGAGGUUGAGGCUGCAGUGAGCCAUGAUUGUGCUACACACCAUUCAGCCUGGGCGACAAAGCGAGACCCUGUCUCAAAAAACAAAACAAAAGCCAUUGCAAUGGGAUCCUGAGGGAUACAGGGAAAAUUGUAUCACUGGAGAGCUUCAGAAGAGAACUGAUGAAAUCCUGGUUGUUCCACAUCUUGCCCAAGACAAAUCCUAUAGGUUCAGAUAAGCAAAACUUGUGAGAUAGUUUAUCUUUCCCUUAAACUCGGAAAGCACAUAAGGUACCAUGUGAAAACACUCUUCUGGUGAGUGAUGGGAAAUAAUUCAGUUUGAGAGCCAACUAGACCUAGAUUCAGAUCUAGAUUUGAAUGCCAUCUAUGCCACUGAUUAGGAUUAACCUCAGACAAGCAAUUUAUCCUUUCUGAAUUGCAAUUUCCUCAUGUCUGAAUGGGAGGAGAAUGCCCAAGAUGCAGAGUUGUGAGGAUUAAACAGGCUGCCGGCUUUUAUAAAGUGCUCACAUCUUGCGUGGGAGAGAAUCGGUGCUCAGGAUGGUGACAUGGUAAACAGUAUGGGCUCAGGAACUGAACUGCUUGAGGCUGAGCCCCAGCUCCACUACUUACCCACUAUAGACUUCGGGCAAAUCUCUUUAAGCCAGUUUCCUCGACUCUAGAAUGGAGAUAAUAAUAGUAUCUAUUUCUUAGUGUUAUGAUGACCAAAUCAGAUGAUGUGCAUAAAUAGAUUAACCUGACCUGGCACAGGGUAAGCAGCUGCCAUUCUCCUCCUCUACGUCCCUCAUCUUUAUUCUAGUUGGUAAUGUCAGUGACACCACUAGACUCUUUAACUGUUGGGGGUAAAUAUCCUUUUUGUUUUUUUAAAAACCAAAUUUAGCAGUUGGGGGUUAUAUACCAACUUUAGUGACCCUAACGUUGAUAAGUUCUGAUAACCCACUACUAUCGGACCAGCCACCCUUACUGAUCUUUGUCCCUCCCUCUUUAGCUAACAGUGCCCCCGACAGGCACCAAUAAAUGCCCUAUUUUUUCCCUGUGUCUCCCAAGAGAAAAAGUAAAUUUCAGAUUGUGUUUCCCUUCCUAGCGCCAGAGAAAGGAACUACAACAAAGCCUAGCUGCUGAGU